AUGGUGGCAGAAACUCUCAUCGACGACCAUGUAUCUCAAGAUCAGGCUUUGUUAGCUGCCAAGGCCCUGGCAGCGUAUGUGCACAAGCAGCAGGAGAAGGAAGAGGACGAGCUUUUACCCCAGAAGCAGGAUGUGGUCUGGCUGGUUGUUGCGACCAAGCGGAUACCCAGAACACACAAAGUGAAGCCGAUUAAGAUACCAUUAAUCCAUCCCGUCAUCGACCCGCGCGAGACAUCCAUAUGCCUACUGACGAAAGACCCACAACGAGAGUACAAAGACCUGAUCGCGGAGCACAAGAUCAACUUCAUCUCUCGCGUCGUGGGGGUAGCGAAGCUGAAAGGGAAACACAAGCCGUUCGAAGCCCGGAGACAGCUGCUCAAGGAGCACGGCUUGUUCUUGGCCGAUCAGCGGAUCGUACCCCUCCUCCCUGCGCUCUUGGGCAAGAUGUUCUUCGAUGCUAAAAAACAACCUGUACCGGUUGACCUGACUGCCAAAGACCUGAAAAAAGAGCUCGCACGUGCCGUCUCCUCCACCUACAUGCACCAGAACGCCGGAACAUGCGUAUCGAUCAAGCUCGGCACCGUCUCGCACACCCCGGAGCAGAUCGUUGCCAACCUCACGAGUGCAUUGCCAGCGAUCGUGAAGCACAUCGAAGGGGAGUGGGAGAACGUCCUGAGCCUGAGUCUCAAGACUGGACGGAGCACGGCUCUCCCUGUUUGGAGCUGCAGCGUAGAGGAGAGGUUUAGCGUUCCGAGCUUGGAUGCGGCGAGGCAGGAAGUCCUAGAGAAGAAAGCGUUGGAGAAGGAGAAGAAGGAGAAGGGAAAGAAACGGAAGGCCGAGGAGACGGCGGCGGAAGAGGGUGGGACAAAGAAACCCAAGAAGGCGGCUAAGAAGGCGGAGGUUGUUGAGGAUGAAGAGGAGGAUGAUGAGGAGUUCACUGGUUUUGGGAACGAUGAGGAUGAUGAUGAUGAUGCGGCCGAAGCUGAGGAAGCAGAAACAGAGCCCCCGGCCCCGCCCAAACCAAAAAAGACCGACACGAAAAAGCCGCGCAAAACAGUGCAAGAAGAAGCCGACCUCGAGCCCCUCUCGCUCGUCUCCAGCGGGAAACCAAAAUCUGCAAAGAAACCCCAGGCCAGUGCGCAUGUGGCCGAAGUUCCAAAACCUGAGAAGAGUAAGAAGAGCAAGAAAUCCGAACCUGCCAUGCCCGCUGCAGCCGAGUCCAAACCCGAGAAGAUAAAGAAGAGCAAGAAACCCGACCAGGAGACAGAGUCAGAGCCCGUCCUCCCCGCUGCGCUCUCUAACCCUAAGCCAGUAGAGAAAGUAGACAAGAAGAGUAAGAAAGGCGGGUCUGUCCAGCGGUUGCAGACGAAGCUUCAGCGGGCGGGGAAGGGGUCUGCUGCUGAGGGAGCUAAGAGGAAGGUCCUGGGUAAGAAGAGGAUCGAUGAUUGACCGCCGCGCGGUGGGGUGGUAGUUGACCUCGGCGGGUUUGGUAGUUUUGUCACUAUCGUGUCAUACGUUUGGAUAGUGGGUAAUAAUCCAUAGUACG